CGUUCAUUCGAUUUCAAUCUGUCGUUCGUGGCGGAAGCAAAAUUUAAAGUUUUUACCGAAUCCAAAUUCUAGUAGUGAGCCUCUCCAUACUAAAGGCACCUUUUUGUGAAGAGUAAUUGUCGAAAUUGUUGUGCGAAAAAUGUAUCGCAUUGUAAAAGAAACCAUCGGUCAUCUGGGUGUGUUACCUAAAGCACGGCCAAUGUCGUCGAAAGUGACACAGAAUCGUCCCGGCACAAGCGACAAGUGUAAGCAAAAAAUCUGCGAAGAUCGUGCGCGUGAUUUGGGCGUAUUCGAAGGAACGCUACCGGAACGGUUGCAGGUGGUGAGUCCGCAGAUGUGGCGUCCGUGUCCGGAUCCACCGAAACCGCGCCAAUUCAGCUGUGACGAUGUCGCACUGCUAAACAUGCCGCGCCGAAAACGAGACGCGGUGUUGAAGAAAACUAGCUGUACCACACCCGCACCGAGCAUCGAGGCACCGGAGUGCAUAAAAAUCAAGGAGGACCUUUGCAUGCGUGUACAGGUGCCCGGCUGUGGCAAGGUGAAGUUUCCACCGAAAUGUGAGGCCAUACUGCCGGUGCGCGAUUGCGUGAAACCGAAACCACCGGUACCGUCGUUUUCUGAGGCGUCCAAAAAUCCGUUCCCACCGCUACCAAUAUCCGAAUGCUUGUGUUUCGAUGCGAGGAAAGUAUGCUAAAACGCCGCUACGAGACGAUGGAAGGAAAUAAAGUAUUUGGCAUUUGUAUUGAUUAGCAAA